CGCGGCGAAGCAAUUUUUGGGAGUUUUAAUCAAUUUUUGUUUAAUUAUAUAAUUCUCUCAGACAUCACUCUUGUUUGAUCUUCAUAACCUUUCACCUUCGUCUGAGUUUUUGUUCUCUCUCUCACGAGGUUGUUCACAAGAAAGGGAGAAUCUUAAGAUGUCUGCAACUCAGGAGGAAGACAAGAAGCCAGGAGACGGAGGAGCUCACAUAAAUCUCAAGGUCAAAGGACAGGAUGGGAAUGAGGUGUUCUUUAGGAUCAAGAGAAGCACUCAGCUGAAGAAGCUGAUGAAUGCUUACUGUGACAGACAAUCAGUGGACAUGAACUCCAUUGCCUUCUUGUUUGAUGGCCGUCGUCUUCGUGCUGAGCAGACUCCCGAUGAGCUUGAUAUGGAGGAUGGUGAUGAGAUCGAUGCUAUGCUCCAUCAGACUGGUGGCUGCUCUGUUGUGGCCUGACACUUAUCCGGGUUUAGGGGUUCCAAGAUAAGUUCGUGUGAUAUGAAUGGUUAUGGAGUAAUCGGCAUUAGGAUUUGCAGACAUGUUUUUAUCAUGGCCAUUGUCCUUAGAAAACUAAUAUGGUCAUGAAGGUUAAAAAAACUUUGGUUGACUUUUGUUUGAAUAUUGAUUCCUAUGGUGUACUAUUUGCGCUUAAAUUGCAAGUUAAU